UUAUUUAUAACCCUCCGCAUCUCCAGGUUGUGAUCCUUGAGUGCGCAGUGAAAGGAAUACUCCCCAUUGGACUGAUGUAGCGCGCCUCCGUUACAAAAAGCCACACAGCUCGUCAUCAUUUGCUCAUGGUGACAGAAAGGGACGGCGCACUGUAACCUAAACUAGGACGCAUCGAUGGGAGCUGCCGCAGCUGGCAAAAAAGGAUACCAGCAACAAACUUUGUGUUUUGAAUCAAAACACCCGCUCCCCCCCCCCCCGCCCCCCAUCUCUCUUAGAUGGCACCGGGCACUUUGAACAUGGAGAGACUCUUCUCUGAGGCAGGUCUGUAAGCUGUAAGUUCAACACUGAGCACCUGCAAUAGGUUGGGGAAAUGGCAGACAUUUUGGAGCUACGCACAGAUGGAAACUCUCUCCUGAAGGCAGUGUGGCUCAGACGCUUAAGACUCACCAGGCUCCUGCUGGAAGGAGGUGCAUACAUCAAUGAGAGCAAUGAACGCGGAGAGACGCCCCUCAUGGUGGCAUGCAUGUCCACACACUCCGACCCACAAAGCGUGAGCAAGUCGAAGCUUGUCAAAUAUCUGCUGGAUAACCAAGCAGACCCCAACAUACAGGACAAGGCGGGCAGGACGGCCCUAAUGCACGCCUGCAUCCAUAAGGCCGGACACGAAGUGGUGGAUCACCUGCUGAGCAACAGUGCUGAUCCCAGUCUGGAGGACAGGAGCGGGGCCUCGGCUCUGGUCUAUGCCAUCAACGCAGACGAAAAGGAGACAUUAAAAUUACUUUUGGAUGCAUGCAAAGCUAAAGGAAAGGAAGUAAUCAUAAUCACUACAGACAAAUCACCAUCUGGCACUAAAACCACCAAGCAGUAUCUAAAUGUGCCCCCAUCGCCAGAGCUGGUGGAGAGGUCAUCUCCAGAAUACUGCGCCUCUCCCUCUGACAUCAAUGUCACUGCAUCUCCCACAUCUGAGCAGGAGCAACAAAACACAGUCUUCAGCUUCCAGACGAAGCUCAAAACGUCUGUCGCAGCAGCAAAGCUCACAAACGGGCCCUCGUCUCCAACUCGCCGCCCCGCGAACCCCAAGCGUGCACGUUUGCCUCAGCUGAAGCGGCUGCAAUCAGAGCCCUGGGGACUGAUUGCUCCCUCGGUCCUUGCUGCAGCUGCUGCCCAUGAGGAGAGCAAGACUGCCAGCUCUGAUGAGGAUGUUGUUGCUGGGGUAAACGGACUCUCUCUGAGUAAGAGAUCCGCUUUGUCCCGACAGAGCAGCGUGGAUGGGAAGGACAGCCUAUUCCCACCGGUGGGUGACCAGCUGUGCAAAAUGACAACCUCAUUAUCAGUUCCUCCAACAUCUAAGCCGUCAUACGAAAGAUCUCUUGGACAGCACCAGCCGCUGGCUCGGCGCAGUACCGUGCCCACAGAGCAGGAGAACGGCAGCAGCUGCAGUGGACAAGUCAGCCUCAGAGAUACGUUGUACAGGAGACGUCUGGGUAACGAUCACUAUGACUCAGACUCACAGCUCUACUCAGACUCGGCCAUGUUGGACCCUCCUAAAGUCCCAGCGGAGCGAAGGAAACUAAACACCUCUCCACUUGCAAUGCUCACCAGUUCCCGAGAAUCUCUUGACAGCAAUGCCAGCACCUCCUCUCCGAGCACGGCACGUAGGCGUCCACCUGGCCUCCUGGAGAGGAGGGGCUCUGGCACACUACUAUUAGACUACAUCUCUCACACUAGGCCUGGCCACCUGCCGCCUCUCAAUGUCAACCCGAACCCACCCAUUCCUGAUAUUGGGGCUGGUAACAAGCCCUCUUCACCUCUUUCAACAGGCAUUAAAUCUAUAGCCCCAGUAGCACCAAGCACACCAAAGACAGGAGGUCUUAAGUCGAAGAAGAAACUUGUGAGAAGGCACUCUAUGCAAGUGGAGCAGAUGAAACAACUUUAUGAUUUUGAGGAGCCUCCUCAUUAGUUAUGGCAUUAAUGCAGCAAAGGGGUAGUAGACAUGAAAGCACCCUAUAAUGGCAGGAAGUACAUCCAUAGGGUCUGCUGUGUGUACACACAGCUGUCUCGAUGUUGAAUAAUGUAUAAUUUCUAACAAAUAUAUCUACAUAAAUAUACUCUGCUCAAUAAAAUAAAGGGAACACUCAAAUAACACAUCCUAGAUCUGAAUGAAUGAAAUAUUCUCAUUGAAUACUUUGUUCUGUACAAAGUUGAAUGUGCU